GCCCCACUGUGCCCUGGGGAUGGGGGAUGGCUCUCAGAGAACUGGGUCAAUAUUUGUUGACCGAAUGACUGACUGACUGCACUGGAAGCCCGGCCCUCGGGCAGCGGGUGUGUCCUGCUGGGCAGGAGCAGGGAUUGAGUUGCAGCGCGGGGGACAGGUUAGGGGACGCGCCCAGCAUUGCCACUGGCCCGGAAAGAGAGCACUUGCCAGAAGCCCCGCCUGGCCCCGGAUGGACAUCAACGAGGGCCUCCCAGCCAUUGAGAGCCACAGGGACCUCCACAUAUGGGUCAUCGAGAACCUGAGGAUGGUGCCCGUACCCGAGAAGGCUUAUGGGAACUUCUUUGAGAAGCAUUGCUACGUCGCCCUCCAUCUUCCCCAGGGCCUGAAAGCCACACAGGGGCCGUGCGGCGACCUGCACUACUGGGUCGGGAAGGAGGCGGGCGCCGAGGCGCAGGACGCGGCGGUGGCCUCCGUGCGGCGGCUGCAGGUGACACUGGAUGGCGUCCCCGUGCAGCACCGGGAGGCGCAGGGCCACGAGUCCGACUGUUUCCGCAGCUACUUCCGCCCCGGAAUCAUCUACAGGACAGGAGGCCUGGCCUGUGCCCUCACGCACGUGGAGACCAACCUGUACGACAUCCAGAGACUGCUGCGCAUCCACGGGGGGAAGCACCUGUCGGCCCGCGAGGUGGAGCUCUCUUGGAACAGCUUUAACAAGGGAGGCAUCUUCCUGCUGGACCUGGGCAAGCUGAUGAUCCAGUGGACCGGGCCCGAGAGCAGCGCCACUGAGAAGGCGCGGGGCCUGGCCCUGACCCGCAGCAUCCAGGAAAGGGAGCGUGGUGGCCGCACACAGAUUGGUGUGGUGGACAAUGAAGUCGAAGCCGCUGACCUCAUGCAGAUCAUGGAAGUCGUGCUGGGCUGCAGAGAGGGCGGCCUGCAUGCCACUGUGCCCGUCCAGAGUAUUAACCAGCUGCAGAAGGCCAGUGUCCGUCUCUACCAUGUCAGUGAGGAGGAGGAGGACCUGGUGAUCCGGGAGUUGGCGACCUGCCCACUAACCCAAGACCUACUGCGGGAGGAGGACUACUAUAUCCUGGACCAGAGCGGUUUCAAGAUCUACGUGUGGCAGGGACGCCGGUCCAGCCUCCGAGAGAGCAAGGCUGCCUUUGGCCCGGCUCUGGGCUUCAUCCAGGCCAAGGGCUACCCGACCUACACCAACGUGGAGGCGGUGGACGACGGCGCCGAGUCGGCCGCGUUCCAGCAGCUCUUCCGGUCUUGGUCUACUAAGCAGCGCGGGAACAAGCCCCGUGGCCGGAUAAGUAAACCGGUUCAGGGGAGGCUGGAUGUGGGCAAGCUGCACAGUCAGCCCGAGCUAGCUGCCCAGCUCAGGAUGGUGGACGACGCUUCUGGGAAGGUGGAGGUGUGGUGCAUCCGGGACUCGGGCAGGCAGCCCAUGGACCCCAGGAGUCAUGCGCAGCUGUGUGCAGGCAACUGCUACCUUGUCCUCUACACCUACCGGAAGAUGGGCCACGUGCAGUACGUCCUAUACCUGUGGCAGGUACGCUGGCCCGAGAGGGGGCCGCCACGCCCCCCACAAGACGUCGAAGCCGUGAACUGCAAUGCCGAGGAGCUGGACCUCACGCGCGGCGGAGCCCUGGUGCAGGCGCGUGUGGCCAUGGGCAGCGAGCCCCCUCACCUCCUCGCCAUCCCCCAGGGCCGGCUGCUGGUCCUCCAGGGGCACAUGGGGCACAGCGGGAUGGAGCAGCCAGCUCCUGCCACGAGGCUCUUCCACGUGCAAGGCACCGACAGCUACACCACCAGGACCGUGGAGGUACCAGCCCGGGCCUCGGCCCUCCACUCCAGUGACAUCUUCCUGCUGGUCACCGCCAGCGUCUGCUACCUCUGGUUUGGAAAGGGCUGCAGUGGUGACCAGCGUGAGAUGGCGCGGAUGGCGGUCACUGCCAUCUCUGCGGAGAACACAGAAAUGGUGCUGGAGGGUCAGGAGCCUCCCCUCUUCUGGGAGGCCCUGGGAGGCCGGGCUCCCUACCCCAGCGACAAGAGGCCCCCCGAGGACGUCUCCGGCUUCCAGCCCCGCCUGUUUGAGUGCUCCAGCCAGAUGGGCCGCCUGGUCCUCACAGAAAUGGUGUUCUUUCGCCAAGAGGACCUGGACAAGUAUGACAUCAUGUUGCUGGACACCUGGCACGAGAUCCUCCUGUGGCUCGGGGAAGCUGCCGGGAAGCGGGCCACAGCGGUGGUGGACUGGGGCCAGGAGUACCUGCAGACCCACCCGGCAGCAAGGAGCCCCAACACGCCCCUUGUGGUCGUCAAGCAGGGCCACGAGCCCCCCACCUUCACUGGAUGGUUCCCCAGCUGGGACCCCUACAAGUGGCGGUGCUGGAGCACACAGUCCUACAAGGCGGUGCUGGAAGGCAGCCUGGGCACGAUACCGGCCACAGCUGAGCUAACAGCAGAACUCGACACCUCCCAGCAGUCUAGCCGGCCAGGCAACGGCAGGGCGUGCCCACCGACCCUGCAGACCCUCAAGGGCUCCCGGGACGGCUCAGGGAAGAGGCUGCAGCUGGGACCCGAGGCAGGUGACGCCAGCCCCCGCGGCAGCCCCAGGCCCGCCGCCAGUGGGAGCCUGCGCCGAGAACAGCUGAUGCACCAGGCUGCUGAGGACCUGCCGGAGGGUGUGGACCCAGCCCGCAAGGAGUUCUAUCUCUCAGACUCUGACUUCCGAGAGGUCUUUGGGAAGUCCAGGGAAGAGUUCUAUAGCAUGGCCAAGUGGAGGCAGCAGCGGGAGAAGCAGCAGCUCGGCUUUUUCUGAGUCCAGGCCCCGCCCGUCGGUGCCGCUCACGUGGCCAGGACCCCCAGGGGUGCCUUCCCGACACGCACCCGAGCACCGGGGACACCUGCUGGCAU